AUGAUCGUAUACACUCAGAGAUUUUCUGAUUCUUCAAGUGAUGUCGAAGACAAUAGUCAAACUAAGUCUUCCCACUUAGAUCAGGCUAAUGCAAGAAAUUUCAUUAAACAUACAAAUAUUACUGAAAUUAUCGAAAUACCCUCGAAUAGAAAACGAGAAAAAAAAAUCGACGAAAUUUCUGAUAUUUCCGAUGACGAAGGAUUUUCUUCUAACAAUUUCGACGAGCGUAAGAAUGAAGAUUUUGAUUAUUCUCCGGAACAAUUCACGGAAACAGUGGACGACAUCUACAUUCACAGACCGUUAAAAUGGGCUUUUAUAAAUUUAGAAAGAUUUUCUCUUGUAAACGAAAUCAUUUAUGAAGAAGACGAGUUUGAAUCCGAAAGUGUAUCAUCAGAAGACGAUGAUUCCAUCCACGCAGCUAGCGAAUUAAGAAACAGUGAACAUUCCGAUGAUGUCGUCGACUCCAUUAACGAAAUUCAACAAAUGAAUGUUGAAAGUGAAGUGUCGUCAAUAUCUUCCACGAAAGAUGACAUUCAGGAAGAAAACUUUGUUUAUAAUAUGAAUACGACAUCAUUACAAGUCAUUCAAUCCACUAAAAGUGAAGAAUCUGAGAAAGUGUAUGAUGAUAAACAGAAACAAAAGCAGGAGUUUCAAGAUGUAACUGAAUGCGAAGAUAGCAAAAAUGAGGAUGAUAGAUCUUUAUCCGACACGGAAACGAUCGAAGAAUACGAAAGAAAAAAAACUACAAACUGCAUGGACAUUUUUUGGUAUUUUCUUCGCAAGUUUCCAUCUGUGGUGUGUCCAUGUUUGAAAAGAAGAAAGUAGAGUGGUCGAUAUUUAAUAAGGAGAAACUUCAGAGAAUGCCAACUUUCUUGUUCUUUAUUAUCUUUUCUACUUGAAUAUUCUAAAAAUUUCUGUUUAUGAAAUAAAUCUGUUAGAAGAAA